AUGGAUCUGGAGGAGACAGACAAAGAGGGAGAGAAUACAGAGGGCAAAAUGACUCGAACUGCAGCUGCAAAGUUGGUAAAAAAGGCUUUUCUCAAAGCCCUGAAGUCCAAUGACUUUGAAACACUGGAAAAUCUCUUGAGCCAAAAGAAAAUAGAUGUGGACACAGUGUUUGAAGUGGAAGAUGAAAACCUGAUUCUGGCAUCCUACAAACAAGGGUACUGGCUGCCUAGCUACAAACUAAAAAUAUCCUGGGCAACUGGACUUCAUCUGGCUGUCAUGUAUGGACAUCUAGAGAGCCUUUCAGUCCUCCUCAAUCACAAAGCUACAAUCAACUGCCGUCCCAAUGGAAAAGCUGCAAUCCACAUAGCAUGUGAAAUGGCAAAUGUUGAGUGUCUCAAGAUCCUUUGCAACCAUGGAGCUAAGCUCAACUGCUUUUCGAUGAGUGGACAGGCGCCCUUGCACUUCUGUGUGACACGAACCUCCAUGACUUGUGCCCAGCAGCUGAUCUGGAGAGGAGCAAAUGUGAACAUAAAAACAAACAACAAAGAUGAAGAGACUCCUCUGCACACUGUUGCACGUUUGGGUAUCCCAGAGCUCGUGGCCUUUUAUGUAGAACAAGGAGCACAUGUUGAUGCUCUCAAUGCCUACAUGGAGACUCCCCUUGCCUGUGCAGCCUAUUGGGCCCUGCACUAUAAGGAUCAGAUAUACAGCCCAGAUCACCACCUCAUCUGUCGGAUGCUCUUAGACUAUAAAGCUGAAGUGAACGCUCGCGAUGAGGAUUUCAAAUCACCGCUUCACAAAGCUGCCUGGAACUGCGAUCACGUCCUGCUUCAUAUGCUGCUAGAGGCAGGAGCAGAAGCAAACAUCAUGGAUGUCAAUGGCUGUGCACCCCUACAGUAUAUCAUAAAAGUCACAUCUGUGCGGCCAGCUGCCCAACCUGACCUCUGCUACCAGCUGCUACUGAAUCAUGGAGCAGCUAGGAUAUAUCCACUACAAUUCCACAAGGUGCUACAAGCCUGUCAUUCCCACCCCAGAGCUGUGGAGGUUGUUGUCAAUACCUACGAACACAUCAAAUCAACAUCUAAGUGGAAAGCAGCCAUACCUGAUGACAUCUUUGAGCGGCACCAGGAUUUCUAUGACUCUCUGUUCAGUGUGUGCACCAAUUCGCCCCGGUCUCUCAUGCAUUUAUGCAGAUGUGCUAUUCGGGCGGUGUUGUCAGAAAGAUGCCACCGAGGAGUCCCCUUGCUCUCCCUCCCACUGUGCAUGAAGAAGUACUUGCUGCUGGAACCAGAGGGAAUCAUCUACUGA